GCCUUUUUCUAUGUACCUUUAGCCACUACUUCCCAAGUCAGAAGACAUUGACGCGAGUACUUGGCUAGCACUUGGGGCUAUCAAAGUCAGUUGCACAACAAACGUAACGGGGUGCGGACUCACUUGGAAUACGAAGGAUCGGACGGUUUUUUUUAGUUCUUUUUUUCUACAAAAUUAAUUUUAAUCUUUGGUGGUGUUUUUUUUCAAAAAGGUGUUGAAGAAAGUUGAGAGAGUUUUGUGUGUUUGGCUAAAAAUUAUUAUUUUUAAUUGAUUAAGAGUUUUUAAUUAUUCGUUGAAAAAAAUGCAAAGUUCUGGAGAAAAACAAAAUGGGAACUACUCUGGGCAGUAUGAAGGAAAUGGAGUUCAGUACCCAGAUGUCUUCAAUCAACUCUACUUGGACACCUAUAGGCGCUCCAUUGAGAACCCCGAAGAGUUUUGGGGUGAAUUGGGGCAACAGCUAAUUGAUUGGGACGUACCAUUUGAGAAGGUUCUCGAUCAUUCCAAUCCACCUUUCACAAAAUGGUAUGUGGGCGGCUACCUCAAUGCGUGCUACAACUGCAUCGAUCGUCACGUGAUCGCGGGCAAGGGAGACAAAGUGGCCUACAUCCACGACAGCCCAAUGACUAAUACCAUACGCAAGGUUACCUACCAGGAGCUCUACGACAAGAUCAGCAGCCUAGCUGGUGGUUUACGGCAAUUGGGCGUUCAGAAAGGUGAUCGUGUUGUGAUCUACAUGCCCCUUGUGCCGGAAGUUGUAAUGGCCAUGCUAGCAACCGUACGACUGGGUGCCGUCCACUCUGUUGUUUUUGGAGGAUUUGCAGCCAGUGAGCUGUGCACGAGGAUUGAGCAUGCUGAACCAAAGGUUGUUAUUGCAGCAAAUUGCGGGGUUGAGCCCAACAAGAUCAUUCCCUACCUUGAUAUCCUACACGAUGCUAUUGAGAUGUCAGCAUGGAAGCCGGUGUGCAAUGUUAUUUUCCAACGAAGUAAUGUCCUGCAAUCACCAAUUGAUCCCAAAACUGAUAUACUUUGGGAGAAAGUUCUGACUCUCGGGGAGAAGGCUGAGUGUGUGCCUGUGGAGGCGAGUGAUCCACUCUACAUCCUCUACACAUCGGGUACAACGGAUAAACCGAAGGGAGUACAGCGCCCAACUGGAGGUCAUCUCGUCACCCUGGCCUACACCUUCAACUCCAUCUACUGCAUCCAACCUGAUGAUGUCUGGUGGGCUGCAUCGGAUCUCGGUUGGGUCGUUGGACAUUCCUACAUUUGCUACGCUCCACUUCUACACGGCUGUACAGCUGUGAUGUACGAAGGAAAGCCAGAUCGUACCCCAGAUCCUGGGCAGUAUUUCCGUAUCAUUGAGCAGCACAAGGUUAAUGCGAUAUUCUCCGUACCAACGGCUUUCCGGGUGAUCCGUCGUGUGGAUCCUGAAAUAAAAUGUGGCUCAAAGUACAGCAUUAAAUCCCUGAGAACCAUCUUCAUUGCCGGUGAGCACUGUGAUCUGGAAACGAAGCUGUGGAUGGAGAAAAUCUUCAAAGUCCCCGUGCUCAAUCACUGGUGGCAAACGGAAACAGGAUCAGCUAUCACGGCUACAUGCCUUGGUUUCAAUCACAGCCUCAAUCCACCAAAGUUCACAACUGGGCUUCCCUAUGUUGGCUAUGGCGUUGAAGUUCUCCUUCCGGAUGGAUCACGUGCUGAACCAAAUGAACUCGGUCGGAUUGCCAUUAAGCUCCCUCUUCCACCAGGAAAUAUGUCAACGCUGUACAAAAAUCCCGAACUCUUCGAACGUACCUACUUCCGCAAGUAUCCCGGCUACUACGACACAAUGGAUGCUGGGUACAAGGAUGAAAGUGGGUACAUCUUUGUAACUGCUCGUGAUGAUGACGUUAUCAAUGUUGCUGGUCACAGGAUCUCCACAUCAAGUCUCGAGGAUGCCGUCCUUAGACAUCCAGAUGUUGGGGAUGCGGCUGUUUUUGGUGUGCCUGAACCUACAAAGGGGGAAGUGCCUCUGUGUCUCUACGUUACGAAGAAUGAUGUAACGAAACCUUCGAACAAACUUUCUGUUGAGCUUAUAAAAAUUAUCCGUGAGGUCAUUGGGCCCAUUGCUGCAUUUAGGCUUGUUGCUCGAGUCCAGGCACUUCCUAGAACGCGAUCAGGAAAGACAAUGAGGAAAUCAAUGGCUGAUUUUGCGCGGAAUAAGCGCGUCAUCCUCCCGGCAACCAUUGAAGAUGCAACCGUGUUCACAGAUAUUCGGCGAGCUCUGCAGGAGCUAGGGUACGCCAUGACAGCCCCCGAUCCCGUUCUCAGUGUCCGAAAGAUGUGAAAAACAUAUAAAUCGCACGUCAUAACUCUUCAAAUCCUUGCCUUCGUAAUCUCUAUGUACAUAAAAUUAAUUGAAUCCUUAUUAGUCGACGUUAGAACAAAGAAAGAAAAAUGUUUGUUGCUAAGGGGAAAUAAAGUUUGUAAUAUCUCAAUGUU